CUUCCUUACUUUCUGUCUCUUUCUCUCUCUCUCUAACAUGGUUGGGGAUCAUUGUAACCUCAGCGGCGAAAGACCUGUACUUUCUCAAACUCCCAAAACUGGAUUAAGCUGCAAAAUGGUUCUCCAGGCAGUGGGCAAAGUGUUAAGGAAAUCGAAAGGAAAACCAAAUGGUAAAAAGCCUGCACCAGAAGAAAAGAAACUCUACCUGGAGCCAGAAUAUACAAAAUCCAGGAUUACUGACUUUGAAUUCAAAGAGUUAGUCAUGUUACCACGAGAAAUCGACCUUAAUGAGUGGCUAGCUAGCAACACAACAACCUUUUUCCAUCAUAUCAAUUUACAGUAUAGUACAAUCUCUGAAUUUUGUACGGGAGAGUCAUGUCAGACCAUGGCAGUGUGCAAUACGCAAUACUACUGGUAUGAUGAGCGGGGAAAGAAGAUUAAAUGUACUGCUCCUCAGUAUGUUGAUUUUGUCAUGAGUUCGGUGCAGAAGCUAGUGACAGAUGAGGAUGUCUUUCCUACAAAAUACGGCAAGGAAUUCCCCAACUCCUUUGAGUCCCUAGUGAAGAAGAUUUGCAAGUAUCUGUUCCAUGUGCUGGCCCACAUCUAUUCCUCACACUUUAAGGAAACGUUGGCACUGGAACUGCAUGGACAUUUGAACACACUCUACAUACACUUCAUUCUAUUCAUCAGGGAGUUCAAUCUGGUGGACCCUAAAGAAACCACCGUCAUGGACGACCUCACAGAAAUCCUCUGUAGCAGCAGUGCAAGCAGCAGCAGUAAUGGGAGCGGCAGUGGCGGCAGCAGCAGUGGCAGUAACACAGGAGCACAGAACCACGUGAAGGAGAGAUGAGUCUUCCCAACAGGAGCAAAACUAAUGCUAACACUUUUUUAAAAAAAAUACUCUAUAUUCUCUGUGUGUAUGUGUAUGUAUAUGUGCAUAUGUAUAUAUAUACAGACAUACACAGCCAUGACAGUUUAAACAAUUAUGCUGCCACCCCAGGACAUGUAGACCGUAUGAGACUGUAUGGAGCUUUUGUUAAAUGCAUCAUCCUUGGUGAGAAGUUGCACCAGUUUUAUUUUAUUCCCCCUCCUUUUAACCCUCCGCUAUCAGAUGGAUGAUGAGUGCUGUUUUUAGAGAAGAACCACAUUUUUUUGAGUUGGGCUACUGCUUUUGAACGUUUGUGUUUUGUUUUUUUUCCUACCUACUCCCCUUUCUGUUGGGGGAGUCCUUGAACCCAAGGCCCUUCCUGUCUCUCCUUGCCUCUCUAGGAUGGUGGCACUGCCAUUUUAAAAAUAUUAAAAGAAGUGACUUGUGAAAUGGCUUAAGAUGCAGAUGUUUGUUGUUUUGGGAGGGGUGUUGUUGUUGAGACUUCCUUUGUUUUUACUUAAAUUGACACUUUCCCUUCUUCCCGCAGACAUUUUGCAUCUAGCCCUUUGCUGGCUUGUAAUGGAAAGAAGAGUUUUGGCUCAAUUAGUGUAGCAAUAAGGCUUCCAGCGCACUUACUGGAUAUGGCUCUCCAGACUACCUAGUCUCAGUGUGUGAAUCUUGAAAGAGCAACCACAGGCUUUUUCUGCUUAUUGCUCCUAGUUUCUCUACCCAAUCCUUGGCUCCUCCUUUCCCAGCCACAAACACCAGGAUUGAAACGCUGAGGAGAUGAUAAAAUGCAAUGGUAAAAGCCAUGACCAUGUAUGUUGCAAUGUGGGGGAGAGGGCAGAGCCAAGAUUGAAAGGGGCACACUCAGUCUAUCACCACCAGUGCUAAAGAGAUGGCUAUUGGCAUAUAAUUAUAUUGUUGGCUUAUUUUAGUUCAUCUGUCCAAUAAUAAUAAAAAAAAUUCUAUCAGGCA